ACAUGACUUUUAUUCUCUGUGAAUUCAUGUCAAAGAUAAAUACAUUGACCAGAUAGCCAGUUUCAUUUUUACCAAAAUCAAAAAAAUGAACACUUUUAAAAGCAAGCUUUUGAAAUGAUUGAAGUGUUUCUGGGUACUGUUUACAUUGUUGACUACAAGUGAUGUUGUCUGCAGUCAAGAGCAAAUGAAUUUCUAAUCAUGAUCGGAAACGGCUUAAAAAACUCAAACGGUACUAUGAGUUCUGAAGAAAAUGAUAACAUACCAGCUGCAAGUAAUUACUGCAGAGACUUUAUAAGAGGAUGUUGUUCUAGAGAUAAUUGCAGGUUUCUUCAUGAAAUUCCACCGAAAGCCCGUUUGAAAGAGCUGUUUCGUUUUUGUCAUGAUUACCAAAAUAUAGGUUGCUAUAGAUUGAAUUGUAAAUUUCUACACAUUUCUUUAAAGAAUGAGGAACAAUUUUACGCUACUGGUGUUUUUCCUCGUGAUCUUCGUAAUGUACCAAUUACUUGUCAAUCCGCUAUCCAAGGAGCCUGUUCCAAUCAAGACUGCAAGUUUAAACAUGUAAGAGAUGCACCUUUCAGUGAGAUAGGCGCAAAGCGUAAUGCACAACAGCCAAUGUUUAAUCAUACAUUCUCCCCACAUAUAAGGGAUAAUGAUUCCCCACCAGAGGCUAAGUUUAGAAGAUAUAUGGAAGAACCAAAUUUGGACAACCAGACUAUGCAGCCACCAACUAUGUGUCAGAAUUGUGAUGCAUUAAAUCAUAGAAUAAAGUUACUUCAUGAUAAUAUUAGUGUUUUGCUCAAGAAGGUAGCUGAUUUGACAGAGAAAAAUGUUCAGCUGACAUCAAUGAAUGAGUUUUUAUUAGAACAGACAGCAUCUGUUAGAAGUGAUCAGCCAUGUGUUAUAACAUCAAGACAUGGUACUUCAGCACCAGUUUCUUUGGCAACUGUAAGUGUGACACCAGUUGUGAGUCUGGCUGGAGCCAUUCCAGCACUCAUGCCUACAGCAGCCACACCAAACUUGACAUUGGCACCGGCCGCUUCCCAAGCCCAGCUCCUCACUCCUGCUCCUCAAAUACUUACUGUUAGCACAACACAACAGUUAGUUGGUAAUUCUGGAGCUUUAAUAGUAACAAGUGCAGGAGCUCAACAGCUAAUGCAAGUCAGUGAUUCUGGCACACUUAUGGGAGGGGGUCAAACUGUUGUUGCUGUUACUCCAGCCCAGUUGACUUUAGCACCACCUACACAACAGUUAAUGAGCAAUGCGCCACAGACAGCAGUACAACAGCUGGUUCAAACAUCUGCUCUACAACCACAACUGGGACCGCAACAUCAGGCAUCGCAAUAUGCUGCACAGCAAUCAGUACAGCAUCUAGCUCAGCAUUCAGCUCAGCAUUUGGCUGCACAGCAAUCUGCUCAGCACCUUGCUGCUCAACAAUCUGCCCAACAUUUAGCUCAGUCAGCCCAGCAUUUGGCUGUCGCUCAACAGUCAGCCCAGCAAUUAGCUGCGCAGCAAUCAGCACAACAAAUGGUGGUUCAACAAUCUGCCCAACAAGCUGCUAUGGUGGCUCAGCAGCAGUCAGCACAGCAACAGCUGGUGCCAUCAGCCCAACAACUGGUUCAUCAGACUUCGACUCAGCAAAUAACGAUUUCUAGCACUAGUCAGCCAUUGGCUUUACCAAAUUCUCAAGCUCAGCCACUGACAUUCCCUAUAAUCUCUCAGAGCAUCCUGCCCCAUUAGUUUUAAAAUAUUAAGUAUACUCAAGUAUUUGAUUGUUAUGGCUUAUUUGUAGCAAAAACUAUUUCAUAUUAUAAGGAGUGUGUGUUAUCUUUUUAAUGUAGUCAUAUAAGUUUUAUGUUCAUUAAAUUUUUCUUAUUUAAUUAAUUGGAAGUCCAUGGUAUGUGUGAUCUGUGUGGAUAUGAUGUGACGCUAUUCUUAGCUAGAGGUUGGACUAUUCAUAAUAAUUUUAUUAUUACUGAAACUAUUUCCAAUCUGCUGGAUAUAAUUUAUUAUCGGGCAUUUACUACUAUAUUUCCAUACACAUACAACCUAUUUGAUACAAAUUGUAUGAAUGAUUCCAACCUUUUUUUGUGAUUUGUUACACAUAAAUGUGGGAUGAUGUUCAUAAGUUCUUUAUUUUUUUAGUAAUAUUAAAAAAAAAGUUCAAAUAUCCUAAAUUGA